GUCAUGGACUACUCGCUGGCGGCGCUGAAGCUGUUCGCCUCGCAACUGGCGGGAUCCACGACGGCCCCCUCCUCCGAGGGCUCCUUCCCGACGCAGAUGCUCUUCGGCAUCCGCUUCCAGCGCGCCUGGAUCCAGGGCGUGGUGGUGCACGCGGACUAUAGCGUCGGCGACGGGAGGCUGUUCGUGGAUGACGGCUCCUGCGUCACCGAGCUCAUGCUCCGGCCCGAGGAUGCCAAGGGCCAGCCCUGGUGCCCAGGCAUGUGGAUUUUAAGCUUAGCAUACAUUCCCGGUAACUCCGAAAACCUUCCGGUAAUCAAAUGA